CACAAUUAAAAAACAAUAUUUUCUUGACCUCUAAAUCUCUAAGACCUGCUUCUCCAUUCUCAUUUGUGAAUGGCAAGGUUGGCUUCCCUAUUCCAAGGCAAAGAGUUCUAUCUCUUCCUCAACAUUUCCUUCCUUCUUCUCCUUUCUUUCUACCUAACAACUCAUUUUUAUCCCUCAAAUUCUCAUUUCCUCAAUCAAUUCAAUCGAUCCAGUAGUAAUAUAACCUCAUUCAAAAUCCUGUACCAAUCAAGUGAUGAAGAUGAAGGUUGCAGAAACCUCCACAAGCACAAUGAUUACAAAUCUAAGUGUGCUUACUUGAGAUCUGAAAAGGGAUGUCAGCCUGAAGGGUACAUAGAUUAUCUUCAGCUCUUCUAUUGCAUUUGUGGUAGAUACCCAAUAUUGGGUUACACAAUCCUUGUCCUCUGGUUUAUGGUGUUAUUCUACUUAUUGGGUAACACAACUUCAGAUUAUUUCUGUUCCUCCCUUGAUAGAUUAUCAAUUGUCCUGAAACUUUCUCCGAUGAUAGCCGGUGUUACACUCCUUUCUCUUGGCAAUGGUGCACCAGAUGUGUUUUCGAGUAUUGUUUCUUUUGUCGGUACCAGAACCGGUGAUGUUGGCCUUAAUAGUGUCUUGGGUGGGGCUUUCUUCAUAUCUAGUAUUGUUGUUGGUAUCAUAAGUUUUUCAGUUGAUCCUCAUCAGAUAUCUAUUGAUAAGUCUAGCUUCAUAAGAGAUGUUGUUUUCUUCCUUCUAGGCCUUUUUUCUCUCCUUUUGAUCCUUCUUAGUGGGAGAAUUAACUUGUGGGGUGCAAUUAGUUUUGUUUUUUUAUACUUUGUGUAUGUGAUUGUUGUAUCAACCACACAUUUCUGCAGGAAGAAAGCUAGAGAUGUGAAUCUCUUUUGCAACUUAUUUGCUUACGAAACUGAGGGAUUCGACGAAUUGGGCAUGCCAUUACUGAGUUAUGUUGAUGAAGAAAAUCUAAUUCCAAAUGGAAAAGAUGGAGAUAAUCAGCAAAAAAGAAGAUGCUGCUCUAAUUUUGAUUCACCAACUUGUUACAAUUUUGGUUCUUUUCUGUUAAUUCUGGAGCUUCCUCUUUACUUACCAAGGAGAUUGACAAUUCCUGUAGUUUCUGAGGAAAGAUGGUCUAAGCCAUUUGCAGUAAUUUCAGUUACAUUAGCACCAUUUCUAUUGGCAGCUCUUUGGAACUCACAAAGAGGAAACAGUACUGGUUCCAAAACAGGCUUAGUGAUCUAUAUUAUUGGUGGUUUGGUAGGAAUUACUUUUGGGAUUCUUGCUUAUAGGACUACUCACAAUUCCAACCCACCAAAGAAAUACUUACUUCCUUGGCUUGCUGGAGGAUUUUUAAUGAGUAUCAUUUGGACUUAUGUCAUAGCAGAGGAACUGGUUGCUUUGUUAGUUUCACUCGGACAUGUAUUUGGGAUAAAUCCUUCAAUUCUGGGGCUAACUGUGCUUGCUUGGGGCAACUCAUUAGGGGAUUUGAUUGCUGAUAUUGCACUGGCAGUGAAAGGUGGGCCAGAUGGAGUCCAGGUUGCGAUAUCGGGCUGUUACGCAGGGCCCAUCUUUAAUAUAUUAAUGGGCUUGGGCUUGUCAUUUGUUUUCUCAGCCUGGUAUGCUUACCCAUCUUCCUUUAUCAUUCCUAGAGACUCUUCUCUUUAUGAAACUAUUGGGUUUCUAAUGUGUGGCCUUCUCUGGGCCCUAGCAAUCCUUCUAAACAAAAAUAUGAGAAUAGAUAAGACUUUGGGUGCAGGGUUGUUGGUCAUAUAUAUCUGCUUUCUUUCUCUUAGGCUGACCAGGGAAACUGGACUACUUCAACUUCAUUACUCUGCUUCUUCCUUUGGUCCCUAGAGGGGUGAGCAU